GAAAUUGUGUAACAAAACAAGUCGGAAAAUGUUCCAUUUGAUUAAACGCUGCAUCUCUACGACAGCGCCUUUGUCCGGGAAGAAGAAUUUUCGAAAGUUUCUGCUCUACAACAAGCGGGGAACGCGGAUCUUUAAACAACAGCGUGCAGCUAACCCGGACUUAUACGCAGAUAUGCCAAUUGACAAGCGUGGUGUGCGCGAAACGGGAGUUACCAUUGAUGGUAAAUUUAUCGAAAUUCCGGAAAAGAUUCCCGAACUGAUUGUUCCCAACUUGGACAAUUGUAAGUUUAAGCCUUACGUAUCAUAUAAGGCUCCCGAUGUAGUGCAGUCUGAAUUCACAAGCCAGGAUCUGUUCAAUUCAGUGUACGCGCAAAAAAUCAUUAGCGACUGGAAGAGUGGCAAACUAAACGACGAUGGAAGCCCGAUAGAACCAUCAAAAGAGGAAGCAUUGUCCGCCGGUGAGGCGUGGGCUAGAGCUAGAAAAACUGGAUCAGAUAUCUUUUGAG